AUGAAUUAUCAUUUUUCGUCAGUGACUUCACCAAGCCUAAGUCGUUAUUUAUAUUAUAGAUCUUCUACCAACACAGUGCUGUAUUGGACUUUAUCUCAAUUUCAUAUUAGGCUUAAACUUACCACUCGUCCAAACUGUACGAGAACUGCAUUAAUAUCGCGUCAUUUUUAUUCAACAUUUUCAAUUUUUCAACGAACAAUGUCAACUUCAAACAACCAAUUGUCCAAAGAAACCCCUCCACCGCCAUCUGGUCAGGAUUCCCAUAGUCAUGUACAUAGUCAUAGUCAUGAUUCAGAACAUUUACACUCGCAUUCUGCAGCAGGUAUGCUCCAUCAUCACAAGCACUCCAUGCAUGAGCCAAAUGAACUUUUAGCUGGAGGUGCUUCUGCAAUUAAAACUAAUCCAGCCGUGAGAAUUACCUGGAUUGGGUUGUUAGUCAAUGUCACAUUGGCAAUUUCCAAAGGUGUUGGUGGUGUUUACUUUCAUUCACAAGCGCUUGUGGCAGAUGCAAUCCACUCUGUGAGUGAUAUGCUUGCUGAUUUUUUAACGUUGGCCACCGUCAAUGUAGCUGCUAAAGUUGGAACUGCAACCAAGUUUCCUUUAGGUUACGGUAAACUUGAAACAGUCGGUGCAUUUCUGGUGAGUGCUAUUCUUUUAUUUGCUGGUAUUUCAGUUGGAUGGUCGUCAUUGUUACAAAUUUUUGAAUUUGUCUUACCAACUCAUCUUUAUGAGAUAGCUUCACACAUUCAUAUUGGUCAUGAUCAUUCCCAUUCCCAUUCUCAUGUUCAAGCCCAACCUGAUGCCCAUUCUCAUGGUCACAUUGACCCUUCAAAUAUAACUACACAUCGAGAAAUUCCUAACAUAAAUGCUGCUUGGUUGGCUGGUGGGUCAAUUAUUGCCAAAGAACUCUUGUAUCGUAAAACAAUGAAAGUUGCAAUUCAAACCAACUCAAAAGUGUUAGUGGCAAAUGCUUGGCAUCAUAGAGUUGAUUCCUUGACUGCUGUUGUUGCCUUGUUUACUGUUGCUGGUGGAGUUUUAUUUAAUGUUGCUUGGUUGGAUUCAAUUGGUGGUAUUGGUGUUUCUAUAUUGAUUAUUAAAGCUGGUUACGAUUCGUUAAGAGAAGCUUGGAAUGAAUUGAUUGACCGUGGUGAAAGACCCGGAUCUGAAUUAUACAACAAAAUUGAAGGAAUCAUUAAUAAUGAAUUACAAAUGAAUAAUGAAUUGAAACAAUUCAAAUUAAACCAAUUAUCGGUGUUGUCUUCUGGUGCUAAUACUAAUAUUCAUAUAAAUCUUUCUACUACAAACCAGAAUCUUAAUUUGAAAACAUUAAAUCAAUACGAAAAAAGAUUAUCUGAUUUGAUUAGACAAGAUGAUAGAUUUGUGAGAAACAUUUUUGUUAAAUUUGAACAAGUUGAAGAAGAACAAGAGAAAGUAAAAACUCAAGAAGAAGAAGAAGAAAUCAAUGGUUCCAAUGAUGUACAUAGUCAUAAGCAUUAA